UGGACAUUGGACCGUGUCGCCCAUCAGGAUUUCCCCGGACCAAUGAAUGAUGGUCAUGCGACAGUGACGGACCACCAUGUCGUUGCGGGGGCCUAUGAAGCGCUCACACCUCCGGCAGGUGAGCGCCGCCAGUAUCGACACCCUCUCCAGUUCGCGCACUUUGGAGCUCCCCCCGCAUGGGACUCCGCGGGAUCGCUCCUCGACCCCCGAUGAGAAGUGCUCCCUGUGGGUCCACGACGAGACCUUCUCCCGCGAGGAGAUCCUUGACACCGGCGUGCAGGUCGGCGACAUCAUCGAGAUCCUGCCCGCGCGCUUCGCCGGCGAUGCCCCGCAUUCGGCCAAGGCCGAGCUGGGGGCUCGGUCUCUGCGCGGCAGCCAUGUCGACUUGACCUCGUUGCUGCCCGCCGACCCCAGGUCCAAGUUCAAGACCCCGUUGCAGGGCAGAUGCCUCUUCGUCAUCAAGACCCGCCAUUCCAAACUCGAGCUCUCAGUCACCAGCAGCGUCGCCAACAUCUUUGGGUUCAAGAACCGCUCCGCCGUCCAUAUCUCGAUUGUGGAACGGGCCCAAUGUUCGGCCUCCCAUUACCUGGUCCGCUCGGACAUGUGGCGACUGAGGAUCGUCUACAAGGGCCAGAAGAUCGUCUUCAUGGGAAGUAUCAAGGCGACGAAGACCAUCCCGGUGUUUCGAAGCGAAUCAGCCAAAUAUGUCCUCUUUAUUCAGAUGUCCCGAGAGAUGUGGGACUUCGAUGCGGAAGGGACGGGUGACAUUCUCUUCAGCAGAGUCAUCAAUGGCUUCCUACCAGAGUUAUUUAAGCGGUGGGCCAGUUCCGAUGCACGACACCUGGUCACAAUCGUAUUAUUCACCCGCGUGGAGUAUGAUCCGUCGGCCAUCGGGCCAACAUCUGGCCUUAAUACCGAAACUUUGACCAACGAGUUCACUCCGAAUGGAGCUCCAACACGAGAUUUCUAUCGCGUGGUAGUCAAUGAUAUGGCGAGUGGCCAUUGGACCACCAUCCUAGAUGAGUUGAAGAAGGAUUUCCGUACCUUCUUGAGGGAUGUCUCCAUCCUCAAGGCAACCGACGAUAUAAACACGCCGACUAUCGAUGGGGUCAAAGUGGCCCCCAAAGCCCAGUCUGCAACCAUCGCCGGACGACCCAGCUCCGCUCUUCGCGGAAACAUUCUCGAAGCAAUUCAUCUUGCGUCAUCCCACCUGGCGUAUGAUCAUAUUGAUCGCGACAUGGUCCAUACGGGUACUUCUAUCAUUGUCAUUACUCCAGGGAGUGGAGUUUUCGAAGUGUCAUAUGAGUCUCUAGCCUCUACGACAGAAGCGCUUACCAAUCGUGGCAUUGCCAUUGACCUGGUCUGUUUGAGUCCCAUGCCACUCCAUUCAGUACCGCUAUUUAAAUACCGCGAGCCGGUGCAGAAAUCCCCAAGUCCUUCGUAUGGCGGUGACAUCCAAGUCGGGGGAUAUUCACCGGAAAUGCGCCUGUCAUUUGCAAGCUUAGCAAGCAGGGGGUCGCACCUUUCCCCCAAGUCGGCCCUGCAUAGCUCAUUUCCUGGGAUGAGUGCACGACACUGGUCUUCACGCUUGAGCGAGUGGAACUAUGGCAUUCCUCAUUGGCUUGACAUCUCGUACUGGAACCCCGAAACGUACCGGGAGGCUCGGCGCAUCCUGAAGAAGGACCCCAAUGCACCAAUUCCGUUCACAGUCACCAAGCAAUCGAAGGUGUUCGUGCCGCGUGUGCGGAUGUAUGAGAUCCAGAUGAUGGGGGUGAUGGAAAGCGAACAAUCAAACAUCUCCAUCCCUUAUCUCCUUGAGGGACAGGGGGUCACUCGAAGAUCGAACCCUGCGAGGGGCCUGAAUCCAGCAAGCUUAAGCUCAGUAAAUAUGCCCCUCACGCGUAACACCCCUUUCAGACACCAGUUGAGCGAUAGUCUACGACCAGAGCCGUUUCUCCAGAACAUGGCGAGUUCCAAGGACACCAUUUUUUCCAAGUCAAGGAAGUCUUCGAAUUCAGCACUCACGUGGAUGGACCACUACGACGAAGCGGUGUUCCAACCGUUCCCUCACCGGCGUCAACGCCGGAAACCUCCGAAGCAAAAGCGAACCAGCGAGCCCGAGGUGCAGGUCUCGAAUGCUCACGAUCGCCUGUCUGCUCGGUCGGUGACUCGCUUGCGGGAGAAUGAAACCAACUCUAGUGAACGCGCUCAGUCCACUUUCUCAGCCCCUCGGAAUAUUGAUGCCACUCUGUCGGUUCCUAAACAUCCCGUUUCCACGAGGACGGUGUCCCCGAAAAAGCCUGCUUUGAAAGCGCCCUCUGCAACCCGGGUGCCACGGAUAUCUCGAACAAUAAGUUUCGCUCUUCGGGCGAGCACGGAGGUCAAUGUCGAGCAUGCGAAAGGCCAGUCGACGUCAAAUCCGAAGAAACUAACCGGCAUGCUUACCGAUUCUCGGAGCGUGGAUUCUCUCAGCAUAUCGGACUCGGCGUCUACACAGACGGUAAUCGAUCUGUCAUCGACGCCGACCACGCCUCAAAAGCUAUCCCAUAGCUCGACCAUCACACCUUCGCGCCCGAUCUCUAUCAGAGUACCUCAAAAACAACCCUCCCAGGAUUCUGAGCAGGGGGAACGCCCGAUUACGGAAUCAUUUUCAACUACGACAACGGAGAUUCCGAUACCCGAUGAGGCUCGCCCUGAAAGCCGGAUCAAACGGCCAAAUCCUAGGGUUACCUUGACCGUCAAUGGGGGCUCGCGGGACACAGCUUCCAAGAGCCCGCAGAGCAAGGCCUUGGCUCCCUGGGUUCGCUCCAUCAACCCGUGCAACACUCCGAAAGACGUCUUGCGAGACACCAGUUGGUUUGGGCGUUGGCAGCAUGCAUAUCCCAGACCGCCGCAUGUUGCUGUCGUCAAGUGGAAGAGCUUGAAAUCACCCGCGAUUCUGCCCUUGACAACAGAAGAAUUUCCGACGGCGAGCGAGCUCGCGUCGGACUAUUUCCAAACGCCCUAUAGGGUCUUCCCGAACGACGAUGCGGAGGGCAUCGAGCCGCCCAAAACGAGGGGUGUGCUUAUUCGUGAAAUGAUAUCGUUGCGUCUUUCCCACGGCUUCCAGAUCGUGGUUGGCAAGCAUGUUGUCGAAGUGUCCGGGCAGUAUUCGCUGGAAGCGCCGAACGUGUUUGAUACACACAGUCUGGAAAGAGACGGAGCCACCGUGUUCCUGUCGAAGGGAAACACGAUUCAUCGGCUUGUUUGUAUCGAUGGAGCCGAAAUCGAAGUCACCCGGUAUACCCACCGGAACUCGUCCGUGCUGGCGUCGCACCAGAUCAACAACUUCACCAUGUACUCCCCCGCCAUGCGAACGAUCCUCAGUCCGCAAUAUGAAGUCAAACACAUCCGACUGGAUUCGACCAUGGAGGAAUACAACUGGAACUACGCGGAUAAUUAUGUGGCCGGACAUCGCGAGUACCUCUUUAGCCCGGCCCAGCAGCUGCAAUUCUGGAGGGCGCGUUAUGUGCUGAUUCCAAUGCACCUCCAAGUCAACGCCCGGCGCCAACUGCAGUCCUUCAAUGAAGACAAUGAAGAAGAAAUCCAUCUGCUUGGGAUCAAUCAACUCACGCACAUCUGGCAGCGACACAAGUACGUGCCUCCGGAGGAGAAGCUGUUCGACACGUCCAGUAAGAAGCGGGAGCAGAAUCCCUUGAACAUCAUGUACCAGACCCGCAAUUCAUCCGAAGUCGUGGCGGCUGAGUUGGACCGGAUCCUGCUCACGGAUCCCGGACUGGACAAUUCGCCUGCACAGCUAUUACCCGAGUCAGAGCUGCUGGAGCGGUCCAGCAUCGGGUUGUCGUCCUUGGCACAACUGAUCCAGGGCGAAAAGGGCGUGCGGAUGAUGGAUCGCAGAUGGCAUUGGCGAUUGCAUUACAACUGCUUCAUUGGUUUCGAACUGACUACCUGGCUUCUCCACAACUUCCGGGACAUCGACAGCCGAGAAGAGGCGGUGGAAUUCGGAAACGAGCUGAUGAAGCACGGCCUGUUCCAGCAUGUGGAGAAGCGACACAAUUUCCGGGAUGGCAACUACUUCUACCAGAUCUCCAGCGAGUUCCGCGCCUCGCGCCCGGAAUCCCGGGGUGGCUGGUUCCCUCAAAUCCGGCCAGACAAACCUAUCGCCUCGACCCCGGCUGGGGAUAACCCGCGAGACUCGCCCAUCAGUGGCCAUUCCCGGUCGGAGAGUCUGGAUGAGGCCGCCGCGCAGUUGAAGAAUAAGGCGGCCAUCAUGUUGUCAAAGACGAUGAAGUACGAUGUCGAUCCUCGCAAACGGUCGAAUCGUCCCGAGGUCAUCGACCUUCACUACGAUCGGUUGCACAACCCGGACAACUGCUUCCACAUCGAGCUGAGCUGGAUGAACACGACGGCGAAACUGAUUGAGGACGCGAAGUUUGGGCUCAAACUUGUUCAGACGCAGCCUUUCCGCAAGCCGUACCGAGUCCAACUCAAGGUUCCUCCUCCCAAGGGACCGCCCGCCGCGCCGGACCGCCAUUACUUUCAAAAAGCCCUGCUUCGCAAGUUUGACUUUGUGCUGGAUUUCGAAGCCCGAUCCGCCUUCCCGGCGGACGUAGAAUACAUCCACCGGUCUGGGAGCCUCCUCGCACAGAUAACCGACGAAGGCGACUUUCUUUUCCUGGCCAAUCGACUGGUCAGCACGCGGACCACGCCGACUCGAGAUAUCCCCCGACACGAACGCCUGGAGCGCGACCAGUUCCGCACGCGCGCUGGCACCUAUGAUCCUGGUGAUCGUCUCUCCCCGCGACUGUCCCCCAUGGCGCGUCCCGGACAACCGCACAUCCUGAACGGCUUCGUGGAAUUUUGCCGAGAUCCCUCUCAUGCACGCCCCACGUCGACCCGGGUUGAGCCGACCUCGCUCCUAGAAACUUCCAUCCCAUCGCUGGAGCUGCCUGCCAGUGUGGUCAGUCACCACAUCACGAUCCCGCCCGGACUUACCUCGCGGGCGUCGCACAGUGGCGCUCUUCCCACGGGCCGGAGUCCACGGAGUGGUGCGCUACGCCCGUUGAUGUAGGGAUGGUAUUUACUGUAUGAUAUCCCUAGGGCGAGCAAAGCCGUGGCGAAAUAUGUAAUAACAGAUAUCAACCAUCACCUUGCUGGUACUCCCGUAAACCCGUUGAAGUAUAGUUGAUGACAAAGCAUAUGCAUAAACUAACUAACUAACUAUACCGUCUGUAGCCGCAGUCACAUGACUUUACCGCACCUGAAGG